AUGCCGCCCACCAAGGCCAGCCGGGAAUCCUCCAGCGAAGCAACUGGCCACUCAUCCCUGCCGUUGGCGAGGAUAAAACGAAUCAUCCGAGCAGACGACGAUAUCGCACAAUGCUCUACAAACGCGACCUUCCUGAUCGCUGUGGCGACGGAGAUGUUCGUUCAGUACCUGACCGAGCAAGGAUAUAACGUGGUCAAAUCAAACAACCUGAAGAACCUACGAUACGCAGAUAUAGCCACUGCUGUUUCACGCAUCGACAAUCUUGAGUUCCUGUCUGACGUUAUCCCCAAGACGACUACGUACGGUAAAUUCAAGGAGAAACGAGCCAAAGAGAAGGCAAAGGAGGACGGCAAGGCUGCGAACCAGCGGACGUUGAAGGAGAUGCAGGCACGCCAGCACGAGACGCCAGAACGCUCGCGCGAGGAGUCGAUGGUCGAUGUGGGCGAGCAGAAUGUGAACGAGCUGUCUCCCCGUCCGCCGAUGGUUAUACAUGCCUCGCGGUCUCGCAGCCGGCUGGUGGACGAGGACACGCCUCAGUGGCCAGACGACGACGGCGAUGUCAACAUGGCUCUCUGA